AUGCUUCUCUGGGAGCCGGGGCCCGGCCCUGCGGGCUCCGCGCAGCACGGAUCUCUGGCGGUGCUGCUCUGGGAAGGGGGCCGCAUCGCACUUCGCUACCGCAUCUUCGUGAAAGUGCGGGGCGGGGACUUCGUUCAGUGGGGCGAAACCUCGACGGAGGUCCUGGAGGAUGAACACGGCUGCAAGGCCUUCGGCCCUGACGUGCACGACGGCAGUUCGGACCCUGCAAAAAUGGGCAUCUUCGGUCUCACGCACGAGGAGCUGCUUCGCUCGGAGUGGGUAGAGGGGGACAUCCUGACCGUGAAGUUUGUGCUCGAAGUGCGCCUUGAGGGAGACUGCGAGUCAAGACCUCUGAGUCAAGGAAUCGAUAUACCAGGCCCCACUAUGAGUCAAGACAAUCGCGCUCUAUGGGAGAAAGGCACCUGCAGCGAUGUCGAGUUCGUGGUGCAGGGAUAUUCGAUCCAGGCGCACUCACCGGUGCUCUGCGCAAGAUCCGAGGUCUUUCAGAAGCAGCUGACCGUCGGCAUGCAGGAAUCCAUGUCCAAGGUCGUCGUGAUUGAGGAUUGUGAUCCGGCCACCUUCAGAGCUUUCCUCCAGUUCCUCUACACCGACACAUUCCCAAUCCUCACCGAGCUCAUGGCACAGAGGCUGAGUCCUUGCGAGAAGACAGAAGGCUUCUCACGCAUCGCGCGUUUGCAGGCAUUGCUGGCUGUGAGUCACAAGUACGAGGUCACGAGACUACUGCGGUGGUGCGAAAGUCAGCUCUGCGACCAACUCAGCAACUCGGAGGUCAGCGGCAUCCUUUGCCAGGCACAUCUGCUUGAAGCCAGGCAUCUAGAGAAAGCUUGCCUGGCAUUUAUCAAAGAGCACAUGGUUGAUGUAAUCAAGCUGCCAGCCUUUGCCGAGCUCAUGAGACAGUGGCCUGAUAUCAUGCUUCGCAUCGGCCUAUUCUCUGCCGGAGUGCCGGACAUGGAGGCAGCCGCAGCCUUGGACACCUUCAAGGGCAAUCAGCAAACCGACCACAAGCGCAAGCGCGAAGAGAGUGAGUGA